AUGAAAUUGCUUGCUUCCCUGUCUACAUGGUUGGAUUCGCGUUGGCAGGAUACGCAGCAUACCAAUACGCUAGAGCAUAUUCUUCUACAUACCGCUGAUGGUGUCUACAUUUCUUUACUUUUAGAACCGUCAGCCUUGCACUUGGUUUUUUUUGCCAUGAGCGCUGUUACUGGAGUCUAUCAAUCCUUGGAUAAGCUUGCGGGGCUCCUCGGAUUCGAUACAGUGCAAGCACUCCAGUUAUGGAUGGGGGGAACGUUAUGCAAACCAUACUGGGAUGAAUAUACGCGUGGAUGUACUGAGUUAUCCAGGGAUAAAAAAGCAAGGCUGGUAGACUGUCGCUCGGUACUGAAGCAUCUUGCCGAAGGCGAAGCAAGAGGGGCCCGGAAAUUUUCCAGCGACUUUCCAGAUACGCCUACUUGGAAGUUCAUAGACUGGCAGGCAAGGCUUCUCUACAAGAUACAGUCUGUGAAUCAAGCAGAUAGACAUGGCAUCUUCUAUGACAAGAAUAUGAAUGAGAUUGAGAUGGCCACCAGAGCCUGGCAAGUGAUUUUACGGCUGAACUUGGAUGCGUCCCGUGAACAGAGGCCAAAUAAAAGGGUGAAGGCAGCGGGGGAGUUUGACCACUGGCGAACCGAAGACAAUGAAGCCAUUCCUACGCCUGUUAAUCCGGACGGUGGAGCCGCUUGUGUCGUAUGGACGGAUAUUCCGACGGACAUGGAAAAUAACGGCAAGAAGACAAUGAUUACUCUAACCGGGCUGGUCCACUAUACCUACGAGCAGUUUCUUGAAGAAAUCUGCACUGGACUGCAGUUGAAGGAGUGUGGAUAUGAAAUCGAUGAAUUAUUUGUUGCUGAUGACCCUAUCUUCCGCGAUUCUUUCAAGGAAUUCUCGAAACGUGCUGCUGGUUUGAAGAGAAAGGUGACAGUUGAUUUGACUACCAGGAAUUGUCCUGCAGAAUUAGAUAUACCUACGAUCGAAAAUGAAGAUGCUUCGAGGAAGCUAUUAUUCGACAUCAUGGUUUCCGAAAAGGUGACCUCAGGGUUUGACUUGAAAAACCGAUUCUGCAAAUGGUCCUUGAUACAAGAGGUGACUAAAUCCUUUCCUUCACGUAUUAACAGCGAGUGGGAGCUUUUGACGGGAGGUAUUGAUGCUAGAGGGGACAGUAUAAGGGUGAGCAAGAGUGACCCCCCGAUAUUAUCCAAGUUUACUAAUAAAUUAUAG